UAGGCCACGUGACUAACUCCUUAUAAGAGAGAGAGAGAAAAAGGAGAGCAAAUAAAGGAUCGUCUUUUUUUUUCUUUCUUUUUUUUUUUGGGUUCAAUAACCACUGUAAUAUAACUAGGAAGGAGAAACAAAAAGAGAGAGAUAAAAAAAGACGCGAGGGAAGCAGUCAUACGUGCAUGGCAAAUAUCAGAGAGUACGAGAAUGGUGGUGGGAGGGAGCCGCUCAUCGGCGGCAGGCUGCCGCGCAGCGAGGAGUCCAUCUCCAUGGUUCUGUUCAGCACUGCCGUCGCCGUCUGUGGUUCUUUCGUCUUCGGCGUUGCUGUAGGAUAUUCUGCACCAACUCAAGCCAAACUAAGGGAAGAUCUCAAUCUUUCUCUUUCAGAGUUUUCAGUUUUCGGCUCGAUAGUGACGAUCGGUGCAAUGAUCGGAGCGAUUGCGAGCGGACGUAUCUCCGAUUACAUCGGCCGUAAAGGAGCAAUGAGGCUGUCAGCUGUAGUCUGCAUUGUUGGAUGGCUCGCCAUCUACUUUGCGCAGGGUGCUAUAUCACUCGAUGUCGGCCGAUUCUCCACAGGAUAUGGCAUUGGAGUAUUUUCCUACGUGGUUCCAGUUUUUAUAGCAGAGAUUGCACCGAAGACUCUCCGCGGAGGGCUUACAACAAUAAACCAGCUUUUGAUUUGCACAGGACUAUCCGCAGCUUACAUAAUUGGUACAGUUGUCACAUGGCGCACACUGGCCCUAGCCGGAGUAAUCCCUUGCCUAGUUCUGCUUGUGGGCCUAGCAUUCAUUCCUGAGUCUCCUCGAUGGCUGGCAAAGGUGGGCCGCCAAAAGGAGUUUGAAGUUGCGUUACGAUGUCUACGUGGGAAAGACGCAGAUAUCACUCAGGAAGCAGCAGAAAUUCAAGAAUUUAUUGAAACUCUCCAAAGCCUCCCAAGGGCGAGGAUUCAGGAUCUAUUCGAAAGGACAUACAUUCGUCCCGUUAUAGUCGGCGUCGGCCUAAUGGCAUUUCAACAAUUUGGCGGAAUCAAUGGAAUUAUAUUUUACGCAAGUGAAACUUUUGUAUCGGCUGGAUUCGCUUCAGGAAGCCUUGGAACCAUAUUGAUGGGAUGUGUUCAGGUUCCCAUAACAGCAUUUGGUGCAUUACUAAUGGAUAGGAGCGGAAGAAGGCCUCUUCUGAUGGUCUCUUCGUCGGGUUUAUUUUUAGGAUCAUCUAUUACUGCCGUAUCAUUCUAUCUAAAGAGCCACGGAAUUUACAUGGAUUCAGUUCCAAUUGUCGCACUUUGCGGCAUAUUGGUUUAUAUUGGGUCUUUUUCAAUAGGAAUGGGAGCCAUUCCUUGGGUUAUGAUGUCUGAGAUAUUCCCCAUCAACAUAAAAGGAAUUGGUGGUAGUUUGGUGACUUUAGUGAACUGGUUUGGCUCCUGGGCUGUUUCUUUUGCCUUCAACUUUCUCAUGAGCUGGAGUUCUACAGGUACUUUUGUCCUCUUCUCGAUGAUAUGCGCUACAGGUGUUUUGUUUGUUGCGAAGGUCGUACCAGAAACUAAAGGUCGAACAUUGGAAGAGAUUCAAGCUUCCUUAAAUGCUCACUGAUGAAACAUUCAAUGAGAAAAAAGAAUUAAAAGGUUAGAAAAGAACAAGUUGCGGAAAAUAAACAGGUUAAUUAUUUAGGCUUUUUAGGUAAUUUUAAUAAUCCAUUUGGAUGGAGAGAAUAGGAGAGAAAAGGGAAG